GAAGUAGAUUAAAGCAUACCAAAAUAGAACUCCAGAAAGACAAAUGGAAAACACACAGGAUGGAAACCUGGGGGACUGGUUCAAGAUCACAGUCCCUUAUGGGAUAAAGUAUGACAAGACAUGGCUAAUGAAUUCAAUCCAGAGCCAUUGCAGUGUCCCCUUCACUCCAGUGGAUUUCCACUAUGUUAAACAUCUGGCCCAGUUCUUUGUCCAGGAUGCUAGUGCUGCCUCUGCAUUGAAGGACAUAAACUACAAGAUUUUUGAUGAGGAGAACCAAAAGAUACCUAUCUUUGUUAAUACUUCUGCUGUACCCUACUCUAUGUGCAAUAAGUUGGAGCCAGAAAAAAUGGAACAGCUAAAGCUGACCAUAAGCAAACGAUAUGAUGUUUCGCAGAAAGCUCUUGACCUUCAUAAGCUCCGCUUUGACCCAGACUUACUGGGCCAUGAUAUUAUUAUAAUCCUGAAUCGAAGAAACUGCAUGACUGCCAUCCUGCAGACUAUCAAAAAGAAUAUCCCUGAGCUGUUGUCCUUGAACUUGUGUAAGAACAAACUGUGCCAGCUGGAUGGCCUGUCCGAUAUUAUACAGAUUGCCCCCACAAUCAAGACCCUGAACCUUUCAAAAAAUGAGCUAAAGUCAGCCAGGGAGUUGGACAAGAUAAAAGGGCUGAAGCUCGAAGAGCUGUGGCUGCAAGGGAACCCCUUGUGCAAUACCUUCCCAAACCAGCCCACUUACGUAAGCGCCAUCAGGAAAUAUUUCCCCAACUUGUCACGCUUGGAUGGCCAGGAUUUACCUCCACCAACUGUAACUGGCAUUGUAGAUAUGGACAUAAUAAAACCCUGUAAGGAAAGCUUUAAAGGACCUGAGACCCUGAAGAAUCUAGUCUUUCAAUUCCUGCUUCAAAGCAACUUGUGCGAGUACUUAAAGGAUAACAGGAAUAUGAAGAACCUCAAGGAUUCUGACCUGCGGUUUCAGCUACUGAAGCAUACAAAGUGUGAGAUUGUGAACUCCCUCUGUGUGUUCCCCAAAACUCAGCAUGACCUUAACUCCUAUGUGGUAGACCUGUGGGCCCACACGGAAAUUAUGCUCUGUUUUUCUGUCAGUGGGGUUUUCAAGGAAGUGGAAGGAAAGUCUCAAGGUUCUGUCCAUGCCUUCACCCGGACCUUCAUCUUGUCUUCUGGCAGCAAUUCCAGUAUGUGCAUCGUGAACGAUAUAUUGACUGUGGGGAAUGCCAGGACAGAAGAAACCCAGAGUGCAUUCUCCAUUCCAGUACCUACACCCACCUUCAGCUCCCUAUCUACCCUCUCCCAGGAGCAGCAAGAAAUGGUGCAGAUUUUCUCCAUCCAGUCUGGGAUAAGCCUCCAGUGGUCUCAGAAGUGCCUUCAGGACAAUGAGUGGAACUACAUCAGAGCUGCUCAGGUCUUCGCUACGCUCAAGACCCAGGGCAAGAUCCCAGAGGAGGCCUUCAAACAAAUUUCUUAAAAAGAGCUCUUGGAUGUCAUCUUUGUCUUCAUCCACAUCAUUUAUCUUUUCUCCUGCCUAAGGCCAUACCCAUGACUGGGCCUGGAGGCCUGGCUGACCAAGAAGCCAAAGUUACCUAACCACCUGAAGUGUCAUUUGUUCUGUUUAU